AUGGUUAUGGUGGGUGCAUCUAAGCAACUGGCUUUACAUAUAAAAGGACAAGGGCACCGGAAGUCCAUAAGCAGAGCCAUAUUCUCAGCAGGUUUGAGCUACAGAGAAAUGGAUCAACAAGAGGAAGCAUGUCUAGAUGCCUUGAUAUUUUCUGGCUCUCAUGUAUUUCCUCUGGUUCUUCACACAGCUAUCGAGCUAAAUCUUUUUGAUAUCAUAGCAAAAGCAGGCCCUGGAGCUUAUGUUUCUGCUUCUGAAAUUGCCUCUCAGCUUCCCACAACAAAUCCUGAUGCCCCUUCUAUGCUUGAUCGUAUCCUGCGUCUCUUCGCCGCUCACUCUCUCCUCUCCUACACCUCACGAACUCUCGAAGAUGGCAGGAUUGAAAAACUUUAUGGCCUAACACCUGCCUGUAAAUUCUUUAUUGGGGCUGUAGAAGAAGGCAAUAUCGCUCCCAUAUCUGCUCUUGCCUACCACAGAGCCACUUUGGAGGUUUGGUUACAUAUGAAGGACCUAAUUCUUGAAGGUGGAAAUCUGUUCAAGAAAGUUCAUGGGAUGUCUAUAUUCGAGUACAUGAACAAAGAUCCAGAAUUCAACACCAUCUUCAACCAUGCAAUGGCUGGUCUCUCUACAGUCAUUAUGAAUGGAAUUCUAGCAAUUUACAAAGGAUUCGAGGGACUCACUUCACUUGUUGAUGUUGGUGGUGGCACUGGCAGGACUCUCAAUAUGAUCAUUUCCAAGUACCCUUCCAUCAAAGGCAUCAACUAUGAUCUCCCUCAUGUGAUCCAAACUGCACCACCUUAUCCUGGAAUCCAGCAUGUGGGAGGAAAUAUGCUCACAAGCAUUCCACAAGCAGAAGCAAUUAUGAUAAAGGAUAUAUGCCACAACUGGAGUGAUGAAAAUGUGGUGAAAGUAUUGAAGAACAUUUAUGAGGUGCUGCCAAAUAAUGGGAAACUUAUAGUGAUGAAUGUAUUAUUACCAGAAGAACCAGAGACAAGCAAGGCUUCUCAAUAUGUUUCAAGACUUGACAAUAUCAUGUUAACCCAACCUUCAGGCAAAGAGAGGACUGCAAGAGAAUUUGAAGUCUUGACUAGAGCAGCUGGGUUCACAAACUUCAAAGUUGCUUGUGUUGCUCAUGAUAUUUGGUCUGUCAUAGAAUCCUACAAGUAAUUUAUUUAAUUGUAAUAGCUACUACGAUCGAUGUUAUAUGAUACAAAUAAUAAAAUUGAUCAAAAGUCGUGGUCUUA